ACGUAUCAUGUACAAACCUGAAAAGUACAAAAUGUGACAACGUUGGCCCUGCGGAGAAUUGCUCAACUUGUGUUGUCACCAUCUUACAGCAGGACGCAGAGGCAGGUGCUUCUUAAUUCAAUGGCACUUAACCUGGAGUUCCUGAGUGUUUACGAAAUUGACAGACAUAGUUUUUCAAUCUACGUACGCCGUUCCAAUCUACGUCCAACUCCAUCUACUCCAUCGUAAAGAAUGACAACCUGUGGGUUGACAACCAAUGCCAUCUAGUGGACAAACUGUGCAAGUGAAUAGAUACGUCAUACUCGUCAGAGGCUGACAUUAGCCUUUAAAUCCGCUGACAUCAACACGAAGGUCUUUGAUCGGUGUAAUUGACACGCUGAUGUAAUUGCGAGCCGUCAUCGGUGUGAUGCUUUGAAUAAAACCGCUGUGUCACUUUUUCACCACAUGCGUGAGAGCGAUGAUGCGCUUUUUAAAUCAGAGUUCGAACUCUCUUCGAGGCUGGUUCGGCCUAGCUCGGAGUUUGAAAUGUGUCUCCACAAAGCACCGAUCUGGCAACCGCGACUCACAGCAACCGUUGCCGGGAAGUGACGUCAUACACCUCCUCUAACUCCUCGUCUUCCUAGAUUCAAACGCCGCGCUCGAGGGUUACCUGGACGGUCAUGUUUAACCCAAGCGACUUGGAGGGUGACGUCGACCACUCCUUUUUUGACAGCGACCGCGACGAAGACCGGCGUGGAAGAAGUAGCAGCAGGCAAAAUGCAGAUGAGGACGGUCCGAGCGGCUCGUUGCAGACGCUAGAAGACGACAGAGACAGCGACUGCAGCACGCAAGACACCCGGGGGCCACGCGCCGCCCGGCACUCUGCGUCCGAGGCAGCCAGUGAGCGGUCUUCACUAGCCAAACGUCCGCCGAGCUCCUCCACCAUGUCCAGCCGCUACAGCUCGCCGGGAGGCUCGAGGAGGAGAGGCCGAGACCCGUCCGCCCGUGUCCCCAGCAGGACGUCCAAUAGGUCGGAUUACACGCUAAGGGACGGGGACAGUCCGGGCUCCUCACCUUUGCAGCGCCUCAGGUUGGUGGAGCCUAGGGAGGGCAGCGCCAAGGAGAAGCGGCGACAGAGUGCGACACCGACCCGAGCCAGCAGCAUCCUGCGUCCAGAGGGAACAUUGAAUGCAGACACGGACUCUUUUGCCAGUGGGAGUCUCAUUCAGGACAACCUCAUCCUUCACUGCAGAGGACGGCCGAGCAGGAAAAACUUCACUUUCAACAACAAUGAAGUCAGACGCAUUGACCACGAGAAUCAGCGGCUCCUGCGGGUGCUUUCCCGAAUCUCCUUAGCUCCCGGUGCCAUCGUAAACCAGUUCACCCGCAAGAACACCACCCCGCACAUCCCCCACAGCUCCGUCAACCGCCUACGAGAGCAGAAACGCAUCGAUAAAGACAACCAAGCCCUCUUAAAGCGGUUGGAGUACGUCAAGUCAACGCCGACACUCAAGCGUUCCAACCAGCUGUCUGACUACCAACGUCACGCCAGAUUUCAGGCCACGCCGUGUGAAGUGUGCGACGCCGCCACCAAUAUACUUCCAUCCAGCGUGGCCGGCUUGAGCUCCAUACGGGGAAGCACCUCCCAAAUAGGAACACGAGCCACCUCCGCAAGCUCUAACGCAACCAGGUCCAAAGCACUCCUCGCGGCCCGCCCACCUUUCUGUUGUUAGUCAUAUGUGUCGUACGGCGUGAAUGUGUCUUUCGUUCCCUUAAUAAAUGUGUCUAUUUUACCUUAGCAAA